UCGUAAGAAACUCGUUUUCAAUCUCUGAUUACUACUCUCUAUCGAUCGAAUUCGCAAUCUCAGCUUCUGGGUUUGUCAAAAAUCCAAUCUUUCUCAGCUACGAGUCUUUGUAUCUAUCUUACGGUAGCUUAAGGAAUCGUUGGAAUUGUGUAACAAAUCACUUUUAGGGUUUUGUAAAGAACAAUGUCGUCUUCUUCGGUAAUUAAACCAGAAGACGUUCUUGAACAUCUUAUGAACGAUGGUACAAUCGAUGCUCUUCGAUUAAGGAUCAUCAAUCAGCUUAAAGCUAAUGAAGAGUUGAAGAGUACAACUAUUAAAAUGGCGGAGGAGAGUAAAGUUCUUAAUACUCCUGGUGCUGAGAAACAGACUAAAAGAGAACUCUUUGAUGCUCUUCGUCAAGAACUUGAAGGUCCGGUGCUAGAGAAGGCAUCAAAAUCAGUUUGGGAUUUGAUUCUUGAGAAGGAUGGACUAGGAAAAGAAAUAAACGAAACAGUAGAACGUGUCUUUUGUCAUCUAAGUGGGCAAGAACCGCCUUUUUAUUCUUCAUCAAAUGUGGAAAAAACCCCGAUGGAGUUGGAUAAAGAGACAGAGACGAAGGAAGAUAAUACCGCGGCAAAGACAACAAAACCAAAGAAAAGAAGUCUUAGCGAGGUAAAUCCAUCCGAAGGUAUAGAUGAAGUUACGACAACGAAGAAGAAGCAAGGCGAUUCCUCAACUGUAACUUUAGAAUCUGGGAAAACGCCUUGAGCCUAAGAGUUAUAAGACAUUUGAUCAUGUUCUAUUGUUCUUAGUCCUUAUGAUACAAUCUUGUUGUUUUAUAAAUUGGUUUCAGAGAUGAAACAAAGUGAUAAUUUUAUUA